CAGUAAGGGCUGUGCAAUGAGCUGCUGUUGUGCCACCUGAUGGUAAAAGGAAAGGGGUUUUGUGGGUUUGUGGGUUGCCUGUGGAGCAGGUGGUGCCCUCCCAUCCUGGGGUCCCCCCAGACCACCCCCGUCCCCCCAGCACGUCCCUCGGGGGGUCUGACCCCCUCCCUGCCCGUAGGUGAACCAGGGGAACAUGCCGGGCAUCCAGAGCACCUUCCUGGCCAUGGACACGGAGGAGGGGGUGGAGGUGGUGUGGAACGAGCUGCUCUUCACCGACAAGAAGGCCUUCAAAGCACACGAGGAGAAGAUCAAGACCAUGUUCGAGCAGCUGGUGCUGGUGGAUCACCCCAACAUCGUGAAGCUCCACAAGUACUGGCUGGACGUGAAGGACUCCAAGGCACGGGUGAUCUUCAUCACAGAGUACGUGUCCUCGGGGAGCCUCAAACAGUUCCUCAAGAAAACCAAGAAGAACCACAAGGCCAUGAACGCCCGGGUGGGUUCCUGGCAGCUCACAGGGUGUCCCGG